UUACAUUCUCGCGAUACACGUAAAAGGAAUUAAGUGCGUCAAUGAUAUUUGGUUUUAUUAACAUUUAAUACUUCUAAUUAGAUAGAUAAUACUUACCUUACAAAUCAAACUAUAUUAUAUCACCAUUCUUAGCAAUAAUAUGAUUUGUGCAGCCGGGCUGCUAGCGUGAUUAAAAGGUCUUGAUUUUGAAUUUUUUCUCAGCGCAUUGAAAAUACUUAAUAUUUUGAAAGGAUCGAAAGAGAGUUUUCAUUUUUAAUACUUUUAAGAGGAAAUUGAUUAACUGCAUUGCUGUCAAAAAGUCUCAGAGUGAAAUUAGGAGUGCUACAUUUAUUAGAGCAAGAUGGAGACAAAUAAUGAUAUGAAGUGAAAAAGCAUUGUUUGAAGCAAUGUGCUAUGGCCAAUAUGUGUGGCCAAUUUUCAUGAUUAUGUGGCUGUCGAUAGGAGAUAGUCCUUCAAUUAGCACGCUAGUUUUGGAUUACCUAAUUCGCAAGAUGGCAUGUACCUCUUAGUAAAGUCUACGAAUUAAAAAAACACUCGAGCAUUUCGCAUCAUCAACCUUUUUUGUCGAUAUCUUCAGACACCCAUGCAGCUGAACAAUGAGAGUAAAAUGUCGACAUAUUCGGAUUCUAGUUAUUUACCGGCUUUCUCGCUGUCAUUUGUCCACGUGUUUCCGCCCUUUGUUGUUGCCCUCUGUUUGCGUGCUCUUCUUUCUCCUCCAUCUCUACUUCUUACACACCGCUACUUUGAAGUCGGACGAUGAGGCGUACCUCACCGGCAAUGAUGCUGUUCAAUAUCCUACCAGCGUUUUCAACAUGAUCUCACCUAAACUUCAAAAUUACCUGAUUGGCACCCUGAGCGAUAUCAGGACGAACAGUAUUCCAAAAGUUCUUAUGACUUCCUAUGAUAUACAAGAAAGUAUUAAAAAAUACAAUGAGUUGCAAAUUGUAGAGAAUCAAAAUGUGUUUGGACCGCUUCACAAUGAUUCUCUUGUCCUAGUCAUUCAGGUACAUAAUAGAAUACAGUAUCUGCGUCACUUGAUCACAAGUCUUGCUAAAGCCAAAGAUAUCGAAAGUGCCCUACUUAUCUUCAGCCAUGACUAUUAUGACGCAGAACUUAAUGAGCUCGUUCAAACGAUUCGCUUUUGCAAAUUCAUGCAGAUAUUUUAUCCGCACUCUAUACAGACACACAUGAAUGAGUUCCCAGGAGAAUCUCCUGGAGACUGUCCUCGAAAUAUCAAUAAAGAACAGGCAAUAGCUAAUGGAUGUACCAAUGCUCUACACCCAGAUCUGUACGGUCACUACAGGGAGGCCAAAAUCACGCAGAUCAAACACCAUUGGUGGUGGAAGGCGAAUCGGGUGUUCAACCAAUUGGAGAUCACACGCCAUCACACUGGUUUGGUAUUAUUUUUGGAAGAGGAUCAUUAUGUAGCUGAGGAUUUUAUUCAUGUCUUGGGCAUUAUGGAGAAAACUGCUGGAGCUGAAUGCCCUCAGUGCAGUAUUUAUUCUUUAGGACCCCCUCCAAAGGCAUACAAAAGCUACGAAAUUUCGGAAGAGGUAGAGCAGACUUCACAUUUGAGUAACAUGGGAAUGGCGUUCAACUCUUCUGUAUGGCGCAAGAUUUACAACUGCUCAAAAUCUUUCUGUGAAUUUGAUGACUACAACUGGGACUUUAGUCUUCAGCAUGUUCUUAACAACUGUCUGCGGCGCAGUCUUGUGUCACUUGUCUUGAUUUCGCCUAGAGCAUUUCAUAUCGGAGAAUGCGGAGUCCACCAUACGAGCGAUUGCACGAGUACCAAGGCCGUAUCGAAAGUAGAGGAAUUCCUUCGGUUGGCGUCGAAGAAUUUCUAUCCAAAGCACUUAACUAUCAAAAAGACAAAGAAGUGGAGGCCCUCAUCGAUAGGCAACGGUGGUUGGGGUGACAUUCGGGAUCAUGAACUCUGCUUGAAUAUGACAAUUCCGCAGAGGUAGUAUCUUCUUUGCGCUCCAUUUCGACUGAAUAAUGAAAUUUGGAACUACAAUAGCGGGGGCAUAUCGACGGUGCAAGUCGGCAAUCACAUAAUUCGGUUUGCGACGUCGCAGACUUCCUGUCAUACUUUAUUUUUUAAAUGGAAAACUACUCAA